AACAAGAAAGCAGCAGUAGGUAGAGGCAGACGGAGAGGCGUCGUCCGCCAGGCUUUCUUUUCUUCGGGAGGAGGCGAUCAGACGACGACGCAAGGCGUAUAAGAACCGAUGGAAUGCAGGCGGUAGAAGAUGCAGGAUUCAAGGCAGGAGCGUGAUAGAUCAUAAUGCAUUUGCUCUGAAAAAGACGAAUUGCAGGGAUUGCAGAAAAGAAGCCUCUGGUGGUACGUCCCACCCGCAAGAUAUCCAUCAUCCGCAUCCCCCAUCCCCCAUCCCCCAUUCCCAUGGGUACCAAAAUGAAGGGUCUCCUUAAAGGCCUUCGCUACAUCUCCCAAAUUUUUGACGGCAAGGAUCAGGAGAUGCAGAUCGGACACCCCACCGAUGUCAAACACGUGGCGCAUGUGGGUUGCGACGGCUCCUCCAAUCACUCCCCCAGUUGGAUGAACGAGUUUCAAUCGGAGCCGGGCCCCGAGGAUGCGGACGACGCCGAUGCUACGGCCGCCGCCCCCCAAGUCAAGCACCACACACCAGAACCCCAUCAAGGCGGCGGUUCCUCUGCCGAGGCGUCUGCGACGCCGCUGCCCCGUCCCUCGCGGCGCGUAGACACCCUGAAUCACAACGACUCUUCCUCCGACCGGCAUUCGCGGCGCCACCAGUCGUCCGGCGCCGUCUCCGGCGACAACCCCCGGUUACGGGAUACCUCUGAGGAGUCCAAGCACGGGCGGAGGCACCGCAGCUCCGCCGGCAUCGUCUGCGCGGAGCAGACGGCUCCCGAUCUCCCCACCGUCCCCAAGCAGCCACGCCGCCGCAAGGCAAAGGGCUCAUCAUCCACCGCCGGUGGUAGUAGCGGGACCACGAAGUCGUCGAGAUCAAAGGCGGUGAUCCCGUCGGAAUCGGGAUCCGAAGAGCAGAGAUCCGAACCGAUCGUCCCGCCAGUCUUAAAGCCAACGACGGAAGAAGAAAAGGAAAACGAAGAGGAAGGGGUAGGGGAAGAAAAGAAGGCCACUGGCGCUCUCCAUUCAUUCGACGCAGCCUCCAUAUGAAUCCGUCUGUAGAAGAAACAAGAAAGAAACACUAGCUGAAAUCUCAAAUUUUGUUGCUUGCGUCCGACGCGAUGACGUCCACGAACAGUUCUCUUCCUUGUGAGGCACACCGUCGUUUUGGUGGCCGCAUUGAGUUUGAUCACUAAAUUAGUUGCUUCGUUUAUAAGGAAAAAUGAAAUGAGAAGGAAUUUGUUA